CCCCAACAGCAGCAGCAGGAGCAGCAGCAACAACGAAUACAAAUACAACAUCGUCCAGGACGAGGACAUCCACUGCACGAGGAUUAACCAGCAUCACAUGGUCGCAGUUCGCAGUUGUUGCCGCUCUUGCAGCGCUGCUCCUCGAGUGUCGCCUCUGUCAAGCCGCCGGACGAGCUCCACCGGAGCCCUACUACGGCCGCUUUAUCGGAGACUUUACCAACUUUGCCCACGGCAUCAAGGGUCAAGUCUACGCGGUGGACGAGUCGACACUGUUCGUGAAGUCCUUUGCCUACGAUGGCACAGGACCCGAUGCCUUCUUCUGGGUGGGCAAGACUCCGCGUCCGAGUCCCGAGGGCUAUAUAAUUCCAUAUCCGGAGGAGUACGCGGGCAUGGAUCCCCCAUUCUGCAGGCGCACAACCGAACGGACAUCCUACUGCGCUUACCCAUGGGCAAAAGGAUUAAGGACAUUCGAUGGCUGUCAGUGUGGUGCAGACGCUUCACGGUUGACUUCGGUGAGGUCUUCAUACCACCCAAUCUGGAUGUUCCCAAGCCGCGGGUUCUGCCCGAGUUCAAGCGAUUGGCCCACGGCCUCCGCUCCAGCAACAUCAGCGUUCUGGAUGCCCAGACCUUCUACAUACCCAACCUGCACUACGAUGGAGCUGGACCUGAUGCCUACUUCUGGGUGGGAAAUGGCAGCGAACCAAACAUCAUGGGGAUUAAGGUGGCCAACGAGGCAGGAUCCCUGGAACCGCUGCGUGGUUACCAAGGCGAGGACAUCGAGAUUCAGCUACCCAAAAACCUCACUGUCUACGACAUCGACUGGCUGGCUGUUUGGUGUGUGGAGUACAGACACAAUUUCGGACACGUCUACAUUCCGAGGGACUUAGAUGUACCACCUGCUUUGGGUCAGACCAAGAUAACGCCUUCAUGGUGGUAUUCACCCACCACCACAACGCCUCGUCCUGUGUACAGCAAUUGCCGCGAGAUCCUGCCGAACAAGCUGCAGGUGAAGUGGGAGCUCCAGGGAGAAUAUCUGCAGGUGGAACUCUUCGGUCGCAUCACCGAGGAUCAGUACAUGGCGUUCGGACUCUCCGGAGCGAAUGGCCGACCCCAGAUGUCCCAGUCCGAUGUGGUGGUGGCCUUCUACGAUACUACAACCCGGGUUUUCCGGGCCGAGGAUUAUUUCAUCUCCGAUUUGUCCCAGUGCGAUGGUCAACGGGGAACUUGUCCCGACGAAAGGAUUGGAGCUCGUAACGAUGUUAUUGUGGUGAGCGGCGAUAGAAAGAACGGGGUCACCAGCAUUCGCUAUAAGCGAUUGCUUCAGACCAACGAGCCCAUCUACGAUGUCCCGAUUCCCCUUGAUCGCGAAGUAUCAGUUAUCGCCGCCAUAGGACCUCUGAAUGCCAGGAAGGAGGCUAAUGCCCAUUUACACACCGCCAGCGAUCACAACCAGGACGACAUUCGCAUCAACUUCGCAGCGAGAAACGACCACGCCUGCAAGAGUUCGCUGUACGAUGUGAAGGACGAGAGCGGACCCAGGCCAUGGCCCACGCGAAAGAUCGAAGGCGUCAGGAAGUUCCGUGCCAGCAUUGGACCCACGGGGGGCAAGCGGGGCUACACCGCCAUCACUGGGGGUCCCUCGUGGGGCAUUGCCUGGUAUGUGAACGAUCUGCUGAUCCCUGAAAUCACUGUGGAACGUGGCCUGUCCUACGAGUUCACCAUCGAAGGCGGCAGUGAUUCCUCCCAUCCAGCUAGAUAUCACCCCUUCUACAUCACGGAUUCUCCCGAAGGAGGAUUGGGUCAGAAAAUGGGUCUGGAAGCCCGAAAACAAAAGGCUUAUGCUGGAGUAGAAUACGACGAGGAUGGCAACCCUAUGCCAACAGGAGCUGGUCGUUACUGCGAGUGGGAGCACCAAACCAUCGAUCGGUCGGCGGAAAUCGAAACCUUCGAGGAGUACAUGAAAACACUGGUUUACAAGUGCGAAGAUGGUGAGCCUGGCUAUCUCAACUGGACAGUGCCCAUGAAUGCACCCGAUCUGCUUUAUUAUCAGUGCUUUACACAUAACAAUCUGGGCUGGAAAAUCAACGUAGUUGACAUGGGCGCCUCCAGAGGAGCCACAGUCAGCAGUAAUCUGCUGAUUUUCUACGGAAUAUUCACAGUUUUUAGCCUGGUCGCGACACGCCUGCUUUUUUGUGGCCACCUGCUUGCCUGAUAGUGCCAAUAAAUUGGUCUAAACUCUAGAUUUACAUCAAAAUGCUCGACAGACAAGGGCCCGAGAUCUGAGCACAUAUCUAGAUCUUUACAUAUCCAUUACCUUGACCAUAUCCUGUCCACAUUUAAUGCAUUUCCAUUGGAACUUCUCGAUACGAAUUUAUUAUUUCACAUUUAGGCACUCAAAACUUGUCUGUCGGAUGUUUUGGGCCAUAAGGCGUCUUUCGCAACCAGGCUAAUAUCAUCUGACAAACAUAUCUUGACAAUAAUUCGUAAGAUGUAAAACUGUUGAAAUCGUGUGUGCAUGCGUGAGGGCCCACUGUACCUCGGCGACAGUGGGCGUAGAAUGGGUGUUGAGCCAGCGCCAAUCAGCCGAAACUUAAUCGGUUGCUGUUGGCAGUAGAUUUUUGUGGCUGGGCAGCGAAAACUUUUUGUACAUUUACGAGUAUGGAAUUCUACUUUUUUACAUGUAUACUUAUUAAAUUUACUUAUACAUCUACAUCUCUAGUACAGUAAAAUUGUAAUUUUUCUAGCAACUACUACGAAAAACCUACACAGACAUGUAGAUACAGAAUCAUGUUUAAUAUGCGGUUCAAUGGAAAUUAAAGCCGACAAUAAUAACGCGACACAGCGACAAUAAAUAAACGAUAACGAAAUAUCAAACAAAAUAAUUUAGAUGGGCUGCAACUGAAGCUCAAAGACAUUGUACAAUAAAAAUAAGAAUUAUAUGGAUUUAGGAAAGGGCAGAAACCGAUGCAAUUUGUAUGACAAUAAAAAAUCUACAGAAUUGUGAAUUUUGAGAAAGUUUCACAGACAAUACAAUACUUUUACACAAUUUGAAUGUACUAAGAAACUAAAGACAAAUAAGAGAACUAUGUUAUUUAAUGCUACUGACUACUGUGGUGCUUCUUGUAACGAUAUUAGAUGAAAUGUAAACCACGCGCCGCACACGUUUAGAAUGGAAUACAAGAAUCCCCAUCCGGACGGGAUGAAGUUUUUGUUAUCAAAUGGUUUUCUUGUAACUUUUUUAACUAUAUUUGCAUAAUUGGUGUUUUUAUAUAAGCCAGAUAUAUAUAUUCGUAUAUGUUUACAAUAAGCGAAAUGAGGGAAGCAGAGAAAAAAACAACUAAGAUGUUCGACAAUAAGCAGUGGGCAAGUAAAUAUGCUAGAUACUUGCGAAAUAUUUGGCAUGAUAUUGAAUAUGUAAUAUUAUAAAAGAUAAUUAUAUAUGUAUGGUAAAUCUUUUUGAUAGUUGUUCGCAUAAUUUUUGGCUAUGGCUUGAUGUAAGCAAAAUCUGAAUAAAUUAAGUUGAUGGCCACAGCUAAAGAAAUUCCCAUUAAAUUAGCUAAACAAGAGGACUAACUUUUCCUAAGAGUAUAAAUGUAUAAAAAAUAUUGGACACUAAAGUUUGUUAAGUUUCUGUUGCUUUGACUCCUUUGUUUCCUUUCCCUCUAUAAGUUUAAAUAUUAAGGCCACUAUGCUGUAGUAAUGUACAUUUUCGGGUAAAAGAUAUACAUAGAAAAGUGUAAGGAUCCAUAAACUACAACUAUGGAGAGUUUUGAUAUUGAAAUUUGACGGGAUCUGGAGCAGGUUUAUAAGUCAAAUUGAUUUUUGUAUAGUUAAUGCAGCUAAGCGCACAAGAGUCCAAAUAAAACGAAAAGGAAAUCGAAAGAAAUGAUAACCAAAUCAAACGAUUUAUAAGUAAAUUCACACCUUUAUAUUCAAUUGAUAUACAUAUACAUAAAUACAUAUUUACAUUUAACGAAAGGCAAAAAUAUGAAUUUCAAAGAAUAUCCCAAGAAUAUAAAAAUUUCCAUGUCGAUUAUAACUUAACAUCUCGUACUUAGAUAGCAACAUUUUUCUGCAUUACCUAAACGAAAUACUUUCAUUACAAAUAAUAAAAUCCAAAAUCAAAAGCAACUUGCAUUGAAAUCUCCAGUUUAAUAAAUAGAUAUGCAUGAGUCGCAAGGCUAAGAGGAUGAGGAGAAGACACUAAUCCACUUUUAAAUGUUAAUAGAUCGCAUCAGAUCCUACAAAUAAAAUAAACCCCAUUGACAAUAACUUGCCAUCAAAUUGGUCAGUUCAAAUAAGUGGUAGAGGAAUUGAAAGAUUGAUGUCAAUAAUAAGCAGCUUCACAAGAAGAAAAAACACAAAGGGCGUAAGAACAAAAUCAAAAACAAAUAUUCUACAAAUAAAUUUCCGAAAAACAAA